UGGCAGGUGUGGGCCAUGUACGUGGUCUUGGCUGUCGGUCUCUCUGAGGAACAAGCCCUGAAGCAGGCCUGUCCUUCAUGCGAUGCCACACAGUCUUGCAACUGCUCUUCCAUGGGCUUGGACUUCAUUCCCUCGGGGCUCACGGACAAAAUCAUGGUGUUAGACUUGUCCCGCAACAGGAUAAAGCACAUCCGAGCGCGUGAUCUGCAGCAGGCUGUGAACCUGAGAACCCUGCUGCUGCAGUCCAACAAGAUCAGCUCCAUAGACGAGGACUCGUUUGUCUCCCUGGGGAAACUGCAGCUCUUGGACUUGUCAAAUAACGGCCUUGGUCACUUGUCGCCAGGGUGGUUUGAGCACCUUUCUUCGCUCCAGCGCCUCAGCAUUCAGGGCAAUUGCUACAGGGACCUGGGGGAAAGUUCUCCCUUUUCUAGCCUGAGAAACUUGAGCUCUCUCCACCUGGGCAACCCGCAGUUCUCUGCAAUAAGGCAAGGAAACUUUGAGGGCCUUACGCUUCUCAACCAGCUGUGGAUCGAGGGCAACAAUCUCAGUCUGUAUGAGCCUGGAAGUCUGAAAUCAAUUAAGAAGAUAAAUCACAUGAUCAUAAGCAUAAGAAGGGUCGAUCUGUUCUCAGCAAUUGUUCGGGACCUUCUGCACUCUGCCAUUUGGUUAGAGAUUAGAGAAAUUACAUUGGAUAUUGAAAAUGAAUCACUGGUGCAGAACUCUACACUUCCUUUAAUGAUACAAAAAAUGACUUUUACCAGAGCUUCAUUCUCAGAUAAAUAUGCUAGCCAAGUAAUGCUGUUAUUGAAGGAAAUCACAUCUUUGCGAGAGGUAGAGGCAGUAGAUUGUGUGCUUGAGGGGAAAGGAAUAUGGAAUACUACAGCACUUGAAAGAAGUGGACUAGGUUCUGUUGAAACCGUAUCAGUGACAAAUAUGACUAUUCUGCAUUUUUAUUUGUUUUUUGACCUGAAAGAUUUGGAGUCACAAAUAAGUAAACUGAAAAGACUCAGCAUUGUAAGCUCUAAAGUUUUCAUGGUACCAUGCAGGCUUGCAAGAAAUUUUUCAUCACUUUUGUAUCUUGACUUUCAUGAUAAUUUGCUUGUAAAUAAUCGCUUAAGUGAGACAAUCUGUAAAGGUGCUUGGCCUUCAUUGCAAACUUUAAAUCUAAGUAAAAAUUCUUUAAAAUCCCUAAACCAGACUGCAAAAUAUAUAACUAAUCUACCCAAACUGAAUAAUCUUGACAUUAGCCAAAACAAUUUUGGUGAGAUUCCAGAUGUGUGUGAAUGGCCAGCAAAUUUGAAAUAUUUGAAUCUCUCCAGUACUCAAAUUCCCAAAUUAACGGCUUGCAUUCCCUCAACUCUCGAAGUGUUGGACAUCAGUGCAAACAACCUGAAGGAAUUUAAUCUGCAGCUGCCAUUUCUCAAAGAGCUGUACCUUGCAAAAAACCAGCUGAAGGCCUUGCCUGAUGCGGCAAGCAUUCCUAACUUGGUGGCCAUGUCAAUCAGAAGAAACAAGCUCAGCAGCUUCUCCAAGGAAGGGUUGGAGUCCUUCAGGAAAAUGGAGCGGCUGGAUGCCAGCGCCAAUAACUUUAUCUGCUCCUGUGAAUUCCUCUCCUUCAUUCAGCACCAGGCAGGGAUAGGCCAGGUGCUCGUGGGGUGGCCAGAAAGUUAUAUCUGCGACUCUCCGCUGUCGGUGAGAGGGGAGCAGGUUGGAGCCGUGCAGCUCUCCCUGAUGGAGUGUCACCAGUCCCUGGUGGUGUCCUUGAUCUGCGCUGUGGUUUUCCUGGUCAUCCUCAUCCUGGUGGCCAUCGGGUACAAGUACCACGCAGUCUGGUACAUGAGAAUGACAUGGGCAUGGCUCCAAGCCAAGCGGAAGCCCAAGCGACCCCCGCCAAAGGACAUCUGCUACGAUGCUUUUGUCUCCUACAGCGAGAACGACUCCAACUGGGUGGAAAACGUCAUGGUGCAGGAGCUGGAGCAGGCGUGUCCCCCCUUUAGGCUGUGCCUCCAUAAGCGGGACUUUGUGCCCGGGAAGUGGAUUGUGGAUAACAUCAUUGACUCCAUCGAGAAGAGCCACAAAACGCUCUUUGUGCUGUCGGAGCACUUUGUGCAGAGCGAGUGGUGCAAGUACGAGCUGGACUUCUCGCACUUCCGCCUGUUUGAUGAGAACAAUGAUGCGGCGAUUCUCAUCCUCCUGGAGCCCAUCCAGAGCCAAGCCAUUCCCAAGAGGUUCUGCAAACUGCGGAAGAUAAUGAACACAAAGACCUACCUGGAGUGGCCUCAUGAAGAAGAGCAGCAGGAGAUGUUUUGGGAAAACUUGAAAGCAGCUUUGAAAUCAUAGGACAAGCUAAUGGUUCUUGUUUCAGUGUAUUUACACAAAGGAUAUAGGUCAGUGUUUAUUCCUGCUAAUAAAUUUAUCUUUCUUAUUUUUCUGCCUAACAAAAACUGGCUUUCCUGUGGAUAGUCAUGUUAAUAAAUGAAAUAGAGCCACUUUAGGCUUUCCAGUGAUUUGAUAUUCUGAUCAUCUCUGCUAGUAACGGUGAUAUUUGGAAGUCAAGCUUGAUUUUAAAUACUUUUUCUAAAUACAUUUAGCUGAAUUUAGUGUUUUUCUGUACUCUUUCCUACUGUCACCAUAUCACUGAUUAGUUCCUGACAAUCCUUUUGUAGUUUACAAUUGAAAAUAAAUCCAAGUUCUUCAA